AUGUCCUACCGCUGCACGGCUUGCCCAAACGCUAAGUUCACAACUCCUCAAGGUCUUGGUUCUCAUGCCAACAAAUGCCCAAAUCGGAUUACACAAAUCCAGGAAGGCCUGAACAAGCGCAAACGUGCUCGCGAUGAGGCGGAGGAGGACCGACAGCUAGCGAGGCUUUGGGAUGGAUAUGUGCCAGAAGCUCAGUCUGCUUCACCUGCUCCGGAACCACCAACCCAGUCUCGACGGCGACCGACCAAAGUCCCAGGGCGCUGGAAGGAUUUUCUCCCGUCCGACAAGCGAGCGUUGCCCUCCCAGAUUGCCAAGGCACUACCUAAUGAGCCAACACCUCCGCCAGCCCUGUCACCUUCGCCGUCGCCGCCUGCUGAAGAGAUUGAGCCCCUUGUGGACGAUCAGCUAAUCUACAACUCCCCCGUCGACAUCUUUGGUACCUUUCGCAGUUACAAGACUGUGCCUGAGCGUGACCCCUUCGGAAGCACCACUCUGGAGGAUGUAUCGGACAUUCCGGAUGGUCGAGGUGAUGUUGACCUCGACGACCUCCCCCCCACCAUCCGCUGGCUGAACCGAAGUGAAGAGGAGGCAGGCGGCGAAUGGGGCCCACUCGAGAACGAAACCUCGUUCCUACUCACCGAGUGGUUUACCGACUCAGCUGCUGGCAAGUCGCUCGAGAGCUUCGACGCGCUCCUCAACAUCUUGAAGUCAAAGAAUUUCAAGCAGGAGCACAUUGCAACCCUCAACGCGCAUUCCGCAAUGCGCAAUCUCGAUAACUACAAGAAGGUGUCUGGCAUCUUUUCACGCCGUGAUGGCUGGAAUGAGGCAGAAAUCGAUAUUGCCCUCCCGAAGCCGGGAAGACCGUGCGCGUCCGAGGCGGACGCUCCGCGCUACAAGGUUGCCGGUCUGCAGUUUCGCAAGCUCCUCGAGGUUAUCAUCGGCAAGAUCCAGGAUCGGAGGUUCGCAACGAAACGCAACUGGAUCCCGCAUAAGACGUACUGGCUGCCUCCGCGUAACCCAAUGGACCCGCCAGAUGCGCCGGCACCCCCGCCAAUCCGUGUAUUCUCCGACACCUUCGACACCGACUCCAUGAACGAGGCCGAUGCCGCUAUCAGGGCGCGUCCUCGCAACCCCGGCGAUCCACCCUCGCUGGAAUACGGCAUCCUUCCAAUGUGCAUCUGGUCGGACGGCACGUGCCUCGCGACGUUUGGGUCAGCAUCGCUGUGGCCCAUCUAUCUCUACAUCGCCAACAUCAGCAAGUACAUCCGCGGCAAGCCCACCGAGUUUGUAGCACAACAUCUUGCAUACAUUCCAACGUUGCCCGAUGCGCUCCAGGACUUCUAUCGGGAACAGUUCGGCUCCUCGCCGACAGCCGACACACUCCGGUGGUGCAAGUGUGAACUUAUGCAGCAAAUAUGGCUGCUGAUGCUGGACCCCGAGUUCAUGGAGGCCUAUGAACACGGAACCGUGGUCGAGUGCGGCGACGGCGUCGUCCGUCGCCUAUUCCCUCGGUUUUUCACCUAUUCUGCUGACUACCCCGAAAAGGUCCUCUUGACCGCAAUCAAGAAUCUUGGCAAGUGCCCCUGCCCACGAUGCCUCACGCCGAUGGCGAAAAUAUCCCAGUCGGGCACGAAGGCAGACAUGGCAUGGCGUCGUGCCCACCAACGGGUUGAUGACGAGCCGCUUCAGUCGAGCCUCAAGAAGACGCGGGAGUGGCUCUUUACACGUGGUUAUGCGGUCUCCAGUGUCCACCUCAAGCGCGUCCUCGAUAGCAGAUCUCUCACACCGAUGCAGAGUGCCUUCUCUGUGAGGUUGAAUAAGGUGGAUCCAGCGUUCAAUUUCUAUCAAAUGUUCGCACCCGACCUGUUGCACGAGUUUGAGCUCGGUGUCUGGAAGGGCGUGUUCACUCACCUCCUCCGCCUUCUCUUUGCACAAGGCAAGGAUACUAUGCCGACGUUUGGGCAAGACAAGAUCCGGCGCUUCUGGCAUAACGUCUCUCGACAAAACAAGCUCGCGGCACGGGACUACGAAGACUUCUUGAUUACCGCUAUGCCCGCUUUCGAGGGGCUACUCCCCCUCGGUGACGAUCAGACUGUGGCCGACCUUCUGUACGAGCUCAUGGUCUGGCAUGCUCUUGCUAAACUGCGACUUCAUACAGAGGUCACGGUCGAGGUCUUCCGGGCUGCGACAACUCACAUGUACGCGGCGGUCCGUCGCUUCGCACGCACAACCUGCGAGACCCACGUCACACACGAGCUCAAGAAGGAGUCUGACGCACGCGCACGUCGUCAGGGCGCAAAGCUUGGGAGCAAACCCGUAAAAACGAAGGCACGCAUUAUGCCGACGUUUGGGCAAGACAAGAUCCGGCGCUUCUGGCAUAACGUCUCUCGACAAAACAAGCUCGCGGCACGGGACUACGAAGACUUCUUGAUUACCGCUAUGCCCGCUUUCGAGGGGCUACUCCCCCUCGGUGACGAUCAGACUGUGGCCGACCUUCUGUACGAGCUCAUGGUCUGGCAUGCUCUUGCUAAACUGCGACUUCAUACAGAGGUCACGGUCGAGGUCUUCCGGGCUGCGACAACUCACAUGUACGCGGCGGUCCGUCGCUUCGCACGCACAACCUGCGAGACCCACGUCACACACGAGCUCAAGAAGGAGUCUGACGCACGCGCACGUCGUCAGGGCGCAAAGCUUGGGAGCAAACCCGUAAAAACGAAGGCACGCAUUGUAAAGUACAAUGGCUGGAAGACCUACAAGUAUCACUGCCUCGGAGAUCACCCGGACUACGUAGAGUUGGCAGGGCCACUCGAGACGACAUCUGCACAGACGGGAGAGCUUGAGCACCGCCAUGUCAAACGCGCGUAUGCUCGCACUAACAAAAAUGGGUUCGCGGCGCAGAUCGCUAAGCACCAGCAGCGUCAGGCGAUCAUCCGUGGGAUUCGCUUGCACGCCCGCGAAGAUGCAGUCGGUGCCGGGGCUGGACCUUCUGGCCCCAUUCCCCUACCAGGCCAGUCGCGGAAACGCAAGCGACGCGGGCGCGUCGUGCCCCAGCCACGUCGGCCGAAGGAAGAUCCUGCCUUCGACGAUGAACACGCUGAGAUCAAGAGCCCGGGGGCCGGUGACAUUGGUGCACGCUACGACAUGGGCAUCUCUGAACACGAUCGGGUGCAGAUCUACAACUGGAUGACUGACAAUAAGGACGACCCCGCUCUACUGGACUUUAUGCCGCGUCUCCAUGCCCACCUCCUGCGUCGCCUGCUCCGCAACGACGACGUCGACAUCACGGACCGCCAUAUUCUUGGCCUCGACAUCCAGGGCGAUGUGUUGUACACGCACCGCGUCAUUCGCUUCAAUUAUACAACAUACGACAUGCGACGAGACCAAGACUCCGUAAACCCGCGCACCCACGCGGACGUGAUGCUCCUUGCGCCGCGCGCUCCUGACGACACCGCUGAUGACCGGUUCUUGUAUGCUCGUGUCGUCGGCAUCUUCCACCUCCACGCGCGGUACGGGGGCCCCGAUUCGACUGUGCAGUCGCGCAAGUGGCAGCGCAUCGAGCUGCUCUGGGUCCGGUGGUUCGAGCUCGACACAAGCUACCCCUCUGGGUUCAAACACUCCCGCCCCCCUCGGAUACAGUUCGUCGAUGCUCACGACAACACCGCGGUCGCCUUCGACUUCGUAGAUCCCGCCGAUGUACUGCGUGCCGCUUACAUCGUACCGUCAUUCGAGAGUGGGCUCACCAGCGAGCGCCUCGACUACGCCGGCUCGGUCGGACGACACACCAGCCACCCGGAUGAAGACUAUCGCUAUUACUUCGUCGGGAUGUGUGCGGACCGCGACACGUUCAUGCGACACCUCGGCGGUGGAGUGGGCCAUCGUGGGAUCGGCGUCAGCGUUCAAGAAUCUCGGCGCGCCUGCGAGCGAGUUUCCCGGGCAGCACCUCCCGACCUAUCUCAUGUAAGCGGCGAGGACACCAAGCCGCUGCCACACCUCGAGCCCGCUUCGGAUAGCGAGGACGACCUGCCUUGGAGGACCGGUCCCGCGGCCUCAGUGGAGCUUGAAGCGCAGCAAGAGUUCGCUGUCGAUUGGGACGAGGACCGCGCUGGCCCGGACGCGGACGAAGACGCUGCAGGCGGCGACGAGGACGAGAACGCGCUGGAUGCCGAUAUAGUGCUGGAGGACGAGGACGAGGAUGCGGACGUCCUGCUGGAGGACACGCAGACGGAAGACGCUCUGGAGGAAGACGUUGACAUGGAAGAUGCUGGCUCGGAUGAUGCGGACACGUACGGGGGCCUCCCAUCCGAUGCAAGUCUCGAUGACGGCGAAGGACCGAGUGACGAGGACGAAGAGGACGACGACUUAGAGUACGAAUACCCGCGAUUAUAAU